UACAUAGGCAAAGCUAACUGCGUUCAGUGACUGGCAGACUGGCAGAAACACAGUGAGCUCAAGCCAGUGAGGACUAACUGAGAAUGUAUUUACUACCAGAUUUCACAUCGCUACUGAUGUUAUAUGUUUUUUUCCUCAUCUCGUAUUUAUGUUUGAAAAGAUAUUGGAGGAAUGACACCCUUCCUCCUGGACCAACACCUCUUCCAUUGUUGGGGAACUUCCUAGAGUUAGGAGUAGGAGGAUUAGUCAACUCUAUGACAAAACUUACUGAGAAAUAUGGUGACAUAUUUACUGUCUACCUGGGGUCCCGUCCAGUCGUGGUGGUCACCGGAUACAAGUUAGUAAGACAAAUCUAUUUGGACAAUGGAGAUGAUUACUUAAAUCGGGGGGACAUGCCAAUUUUUGAAACUUUCUACAAACAUCAUGGCAUGAUAUUUACCAAUAACCUGUAUAGGUGGAGGACGCUCCGUCGGUUUUCUAUGCCUGUUUUGCGGGAUCUUGGCUUUGGGAAAAGGAGCACUGAAGACCGUAUUCAAGAAGAGACAUCCCAGCUGCUUGCAGAACUAAAGGAGACUAAAGAAUCCUUUUUUGAUCCUCAGCACUGUUUCAGCAAAUCUGUUUGCAAUAUUAUUUUUUCCUUGAUGUUCGGAAAUCAUCAUAAAUAUGAGGAUGAUGACAUCGAUACUGUUUUGUCUUGUAUAAAUGAAGCAUUAGCGAUUAUGAGCUCAGCCUGGGGACAGAUGUAUGAUAUGUUUCCUGGCCUGAUGAGAUUUAUUCCUGGACCUCACCACAAAAUAUUUAAACUACUGAAGAAGCUCAGCCAGUUUGUGGAAACUAGAAUAAAAAUUAAUCAGAAGACUUUGGAUCCUAAUAACCCAAGGGAUUAUGUUGACGUUUUCCUCAUUCAAAUCGAAAAGGAGAAAAAUAACCCAGACAGUGAGUUUUACAUGAAGAAUUUACUGGCAAACUCAAUACAGCUCUUCUUCGCUGGGGUGGAGACCACGAGCACAACGCUGACCUAUUCUUUCUUAGUUCUCUUAAAAUACCCUGAUGUCCUUGCCAAAGUCCAUGAGGAAAUUGACAAUGUCGUUGGUCGAAAUCGCAGCCCAACUAUGCAAGACAGAAGCAACCUGCCUUACACAGAAGCAACAAUCCAUGAAAUCCAAAGAUUCACAGACCUGGUUCCCUUGGGUUUACCACGGAAAACAAUUAGGGAGGUGAAACUAAAAGGAUACACAAUACCAAAGAACACUGAUGUUACCCCAGCACUGACAUCUGUUCUGCAAGAUCCGUCUUGUUUUAAGUAUCCAAAAGAAUUCAACCCUGAAAAUUUCCUCAAUGACAAGGGAGAAUUUCAGAAGAAUAAUGCCUUCAUGCCUCUAGCUGCAGGAAAGAGAAACUGCCUCGGAGAGCCAUUAGUACGAAUGGAACUGUUCCUCUUCCUUGCCAUCAUCCUACAAAGUUUUGACUUGAAGUCCCCUGUGCCACCGGAAGAAGUAGACGUUACACCCAAUGUAUCUGGAAUUGCAAAUCUUCCCAAACCAUACAAAAUUGCCUUUAUUCCUCGCUGACUGUUAAAUGCAAACGUUUGUCUGUGGAGAAUUUACCAUGUCUUCAUCUGUGGAAUUCCAUUCAUUUACAUAUUUGAUACCCUAUAUUAUGAGGGCAAUUUUUUUUUUAUUAAUUAAAGAAUUAAAAAUAAUGAACAAUUACAUUAUGGGGGCAAAAUAUAUAUAUUUUUUAUGUAUAUUCGGAAGGCUGAAUUGAUGUUACAUUAAGAGGAGAAUAUUAUUUCAGCAUUAUAUUAAGUAGGACAAUAGUAUUUUACAAUUAUAUUAUAGGGAAAACGCUAUUGAUUAGGUGCAAUGAUAAUUAAUAUAUGAUUUAUAGUGCAGACAAGUCUGAUAUCUGUUACAUCUACUAAAAAGCAAACUUUUAAUUUCUCAUCUAAGCUCAGUUUUCUAACCCCAUUUGAGGAAAUUUCAUUCUCUUCUUAUCCUUUCUGAUAGGAUUUAGUCAGGAUCCUGGUGGUCAGGAUCCCGGCUGUCAAAAGACCAACGCCGGAACCCCAACACUGAUCACAAUGUUAGCGCCGGAAUCUCCAUAGCUAGGACGUCCAUGCCGGGACAUAAGAGAGGUUAGCCGGGGGAUGGUGGGGUUGUUAGGUUAAGGCUGAGGGGGUAGGGUUAGAGUUAGAAUGCAGAGAGGGGGUUUAGGCUGCGGGGAGGAGGGGGGUUAGGGUUAGGCACCCCCGGGGAAGGAUAGGGUUAGGCUGCAGGGGUGGAGGGUUUAGUUUAGGAUGUAAGGGAGGGUUAGGAAGUAGGGUUAGCUUGCUUCCCAACCCCUGUCGGGAUUCUAAACAGCAGGUUGCCACCUUCAGUAUUCUGGACGCUGACACAGCUCACGCCGGCAUUUCAGACCCAACCCCUUUCAAACCAAUACAGGAAGAGAUAUGUUAAUUUGCCACAUUAACAUUUUCAUAUUGUUGCUUAACUUUACAACAUCGGUUGCCUUUAUUUUGCCAAAUCCAGUCAAAAAUACUUCUACUCACAUACAGUAUAAGGCCAUAACAAAUUCCACCAACAUACAUUAAGGGGAUAUCCAAUAAGCCAAGAUAACCCAUUUUUUAUGUGGAAAAACUGGCUUUUAUCACAAUUCAUGAAAGGAUCUGUUCAAUUAUUUGAUAUUUCUCCAUAGAUUUUAUCACAAAUUCCUUUUCACCACCUCUGUGCAGGUGAAAAGUUGGGGAAAAUCCCUAUAUUAAGGUAAACAUUUUGGGAUUUGGUUUCAGAACUCCAGGGAAUUAGUCAAUUUUAAUUGGCCAAUUUUGGGGGUAAAAAAGUGUAAAAUGCAGGUACAAGACAUGGAACAAGUACAUUAGGUAUUGAGAGUAAUCAUUUUUUGAGGGGGAUUUUUUUUUAAGUUUCUUAAAUUGACCCAAAUAUAUACAGUACUUAUACCCAUUUUUAUGUACCCCCAAUUUAAUUUGAUCACUUAUUUUACUGAAAAACACUUGCUUUCUAUACUUUUUUUCAAAAAUGCAAAUAACAGUAAUUUGACCCAAUUUAAGUACCUUAACUUAUAUUAUGACCACUAAUACACUGCUAUACUGUUAUCCUAUAUUAUUUUGGCCUUUUGGGGGGUACAGGUAAAUUUUCCCAUUUUCACCUAAAUAUUUCUCUGGUUUUUCCGGCAAGAAUUAUCGCACAAAACCCAUUUUCGCACAUUUGUAAUUGGAUAGGUCAAAAAACGGGAGUGCGCAUCCCACAAAAAGCGUCAGUUUUCAAGCAAUAGGUGCGAAAAGUGUACUCGCUGUAAAUUACCACUGCCAAUUGGAUAUCCCCCUAAAUUUCUUCACCUGCUCCUAAUUGGCUCCCUCUGUUCUGCCUCUUCAUUCUAAUUGGCUGUUCCUUUUCCUGAUUACAGGAUGUUUUUCAACUAUUUAAAAACACAAGCUUAUUAAAUUCCCCAAAGAACUUAAACUCUCUGACUGCAUACUGGCAUUGCUAUAUAACUGUAUUACAUAGACUCCUUAAGCACUUUAGAAAUUGGCUGCAAUAAUAUGUGGUAUGUGGCAUUUACCCUCAUGUAUUUACAGUAGCUCCUUUUUUCUUAUAGAUUGCAAACUUCUGAGCUGGGUACUCUUCUUAUCUGUAUGUAUGUACCUAAUCUUGAUUUAUUACAGUGUUUUCAACUGUACAUCUCUGAAUUGAUAUCUAUAAAUAAAAUGUACAGUACCUACUAA